AAUGAAUCGUAAUUAAUGAUUAAUGACAUUAAGAAAUUAACAAUGUCCAUCAAAGGAGAACUGGCUGUCAUCUCUGUCUGGGAUAAACGAGGUUUAGUUGAAUUUGCUCGAAGAUUGGCGCAAAGUGGUUUAAAUUUGGUGGCCAGUGGAGGUUCAGCCAAAACAUUACGGGACAAUGGACUGACAUUGAAAGAUGUAUCUGAAAUAACCGGAGCUCCUGAAAUGCUUGGAGGACGAGUGAAGACUUUACAUCCAGCUAUCCAUGGAGGAAUAUUGGCUCGUAAAAUUGACUCUGACCAGCGUGACAUGAAAAAUCGUGGCUACCAAUUUAUAGGUGUUGUUGUCUGUAAUUUGUAUCCAUUCGUACAAACUAUUAGCUCACCUAAUGUAACCAUUGCCGAUGCCGUUGAACAAGUUGAUAUUGGUGGAGUAACUCUUUUACGGGCUGGAGCCAAAAACCAUGAUAGAGUAGCAGUUAUUUGUGAUCCUAAUGAUUAUGAUUUGGUUGCUUCAGAGAUUGAACGAAAUGGUGUUGUUUCCAAGGAGGUUCGACAAAUGCUUGCUGUUAAGGCUUUUAAUCAUACCGCACAGUAUGAUUUAGCUAUAUCUAACUAUUUCAGGUCUCAAUAUUGUUCCGGAGUUUCACAAUUAUCUCUUCGAUAUGGUAUGAAUCCUCACCAAAAACCAGCUCAACUGUAUACUAUGGAAGCAAAAUUACCAUUGAGAGUAGUCAAUGGAAGUCCUGGUUUCAUUAACCUAUGUGAUGCUCUUAAUGCAUGGCAAUUAGUUCGAGAUCUUAAAAAAGCGCUAAAUAUGCCAGCAGCCACUUCAUUCAAGCACGUAUCUCCAGCUGGAGCAGCUGUCGGUGUUCCCCUAUCAGGAGCUCAAUUGAAACUUUGUUGUGUUGAAGAUAUGGCCAAAGAUCUUACUCCUUUGGCUACUGCUUAUGCUCGAGCUCGUGGUGCUGAUCGAAUGUCUUCUUUCGGUGAUUUUGUUGCACUUUCAGAUGUUUGUGAUGUACCCACAGCAAAGAUAAUAUCGCGGGAGGUUUCUGAUGGUAUUAUAGCACCAGGUUAUCAAGAAGAAGCUUUAAACAUUCUGAAGAAAAAGAAAGGAGGAUCUUAUUGUGUUCUUGAGAUUGAUCCUAACUAUGAGCCAUCUGAUAUUGAAUCAAGGACACUUUUUGGUUUAACUUUGGAACAGAAACGAAAUGAUGCAAUUAUUGAUGAAAAAUUAUUCAAUGUCGAUAGAAUCAUUUCUCAAAAUAAAAAUUUACCCAAAGAAGCUGUACGUGAUUUGGUUGUAGCGACGAUCGCUUUAAAAUACACGCAAUCUAAUUCUGUUUGUUACGCUAAAGAUGGUCAAAUAAUUGGCAUUGGAGCUGGUCAACAAUCGCGAAUCCAUUGUACAAGACUAGCUGGUGAUAAAGCUAACAAUUGGUGGAUGAGGCAGCAUCCUUCUCUCUCUGAAAUGGUCUUCAAGAAAUCAAUCAAGAGAGCCGAACAAUCAAAUUACACUGAUGUUUAUGUUAAUCGACAAGUCGGUCUUGAAAUGGACUUGCAAAAAUGGAAGGAAGCCUUUGAAGUAGCACCACCUUUGUUAACUGAGGAAAAGGCCAACGAUUGGAUCAAGGAAAUGAAAGGAGUCGCACUGAGUUCAGAUGCAUUUUUCCCUUUCCGAGACAAUAUUGACCGAGCUGCCAUGUCUGGAGUGUCUUAUGUUGCUAGCCCUGGGGGAUCAACAAAUGACCAAUGCGUUAUUGAGGCAUGCAAUGACCAUAAUAUGGUUCUUGUCCACACUGGCUUAAGAUUGUUCCACCACUAAAGCAAGUUGCAACAAAAACUAAGAUGAAACGAGCUUGGAUCUAAUCAAAUUCCAUGAAGUUUUUGUAUUGCUACAUUUAAUGAUUUUU